AUGACACCCACGUGCAAGGCGGUCAUGUGUACCGCCAUCGGCGAGGCUUGCGUUCAGGAAGUUCCUAUUCCUUCUGUUCGCGAGGGAUAUACCCUUUUUAGAACAAAGGCUGUGGCUUUGAACCCGACGGACUGGAAAAGCAUGCAUUUUGCCAACCCAGAUGCGGUGGGGACGCGCCUAGGCGUUGACUUUGCAGGCGUGGUGGAAGAAGUUGGACCUGGGGUGACCAAGCAAUGGAAGAAGGGAGACCGUGUUUGCGGUGGAGUUUGUGGGGCAAAAAAUGCAGAGAGCGGUGCUUUCGGAGAAUACCUGAUCGCCAAGGGUGGAAUCCAGAUCAAAAUCCCGGAUCAUCUUAGCUUCGAGGAAGCUGCCACCCUCGGAACAGGAAUUACCACAUGUGGACAGGGACUCUACCAGUUCCUCAAGCUGCCUCUUCCCACGUCCGACUUGACCGAAAGCAACGGCCAGUCCAUUUUGAUAUACGGCGGCAGUACCGCAACGGGAAUCUUGGGAAUUCAAUAUGCCAAACUGUCGGGCUUGACUGUAUUGACCACUGCUUCGCCCCAUAACUUUGACUAUGUCAGGUCAAUGGGUGCUGACGUUGUGUGGGACUACCAUACCGAUGUCGAGGUACUGGCUAAGGAGAUUCAAGCAUACACCAACAACAAGCUUACGCUUGUUUGGGACUGCAGACCAACAGCCGACUCAGGCCGUCUGUGCGCGCUUGCGAUGAGUGACAGGGAGAAGGGGUUGUAUUGCAGUGUGCAGCCAGGCACAAAGGCAGACUCGUUGAAAACGUUCAAUCCAUUGGUUGACGCAGGCUUCACAAUCGGGUACACCGCGUUUGGAGAGUCCUUCACCAGGGCAGGAAGGACUUAUGAGGCGAAACCGGAGGACGUGAAAUUUGCUGAAAAUUUCUGGGCGAUGAGCAGCAAAUUAUUGGCUGCUGGGAAACUCAAAGUUUCGAACAUCACGCUCAACCGAGGAGGCGAGGGGCUGGACGGCGUCAUUAAUGGCUUGGAAGAUCUGAAACAGGGGAGAGUGUCUGGGACGAAGCUGGUUUAUACCGUCUGA